GAUGGCAAAACUUAUCCUCCUCGUUGGGUUGGCGCUAGUGUUAAAUGCUCAGCUUGGCUCCGCCUAUGAGCUGACAUGUUACUUCACCAAUUGGGCCCAAUACAGACCAGGGCUAGGAAAGUUCAAGCCUGAUAACAUUGAUCCAUGCCUUUGUACUCACCUGAUCUAUGCCUUUGCCGGAAUGUCCAAUAACCAGAUCACCACGAUUGAAUGGAAUGAUGUCACUCUGUACAGCUCCUUCCAAAAUCUAAAGAACCAGAAUGGUAAUUUGAAAACACUUCUGGCAAUUGGAGGUUGGAACUUUGGAACUGCACCGUUCACUGCCAUGGUUGCCACUGCUCAAAGCCGUCAGACAUUUAUAUCUUCUGUGAUCAAAUUCCUGCGUCAAUAUGGAUUUGAUGGUCUAGACUUUGAUUGGGAAUAUCCAGGCUCCAGAGGCAGCCCUCCUCAGGACAAGCAGCUCUUUACCACAUUGGUUCAGGAAAUGUUAGCAGCUUUUGAAGCAGAAGCUUCACAAUCCAACAAGCCUAGACUAAUGGUGACCGCUGCAGUGGCUGCUGGUAUCUCCAACAUCGAAUCUGGUUACCAGAUUCCCCAGCUUUCACAGGCUCUAGAUUACAUCCAUGUUAUGACUUAUGACCUGCACGGUUCCUGGGAAGGAUACACUGGAGAAAACAGCCCUCUGUACACUAACCCAUCUGCGACUGGAUAUAACGCUUACUUGAAUGUUGACUAUGUCAUGAAUUACUGGCUGAACAAUGGUGCUCCUGCUUCAAAGCUCAUUGUUGGAUUCCCAACCUAUGGACACACGUUUAUCCUCAGUAACCCAUCCAACAAUGGCAUCGGUGCCCCAACUUCUGGGAAUGGACCUGCUGGACCUUACACCAGACAAGCUGGAUUCUGGGCCUAUUAUGAGAUCUGCACCUUCCUGAAGAAUGGAGCAACCAACCUUUGGUCUUCUGCUGAAGACGUACCCUAUGCAUAUCAAGGCAGUGAAUGGUUGGGCUAUGAUAACGAGAAGAGCUUCCAAAUAAAGGCUGAAUGGCUAAUGAAAAAUAAUCUUGGAGGUGCUAUGGUUUGGGCUAUUGAUCUGGAUGAUUUCACUGGGACUUUCUGUAAUCAGGGAAAGUUCCCUCUGAUUAACACACUGAAGAAUACUCUUGGUGUUCAAGCAUCCGGCUGUACCCCUCCUGCUACUCCUGUUGCUCCAGUAACAGCUGCUCCAGCAACUGUACCUAGUGGCAGUGGCUCUGGAAGCAGUGGAUCUGGUAGUAGCUCUGGUGGAAGCUCAGGUGGCAGUGGAUUCUGUGCUGGAAAAGCUAGUGGUUUGUACCCAGUGGCUGGAAACACCAAUGCCUUUUGGCAUUGCUUGAACGGAAUUACCUACCAGCAGCACUGCCAAACUGGCCUUGUAUUUGAUCCAAGCUGCGAGUGCUGUAAUUGGCCAUGAUCAUGGAAUAUGACUCAUAUUAUGCUGUAGCUUUUUAUUCUGAUUACAAUAAAACUACAUUUCUGCAUAAA